AUGGGGGAGGUUAAGAGGGUUAGUGAUAGGCUGAUAAAGAUUAAGUUAGUUAUCGGGGGUUUAUCGUUACACUUGUGUAGUGUUUAUGCGCCGCAGGCGGGCUUGGAGGAGGAGGUGAAGGCGAGAUUUUGGAAGAAUUUGGAUAAGAUGGUGAGAAAUGCGCAUAACUCUGAGAAAAUCAUCAUAGCAGGGGACUUUAUUGGGCACAUUGGAAUCUUACCAGGAGGCUAUGAUGAUGUGCGCGGUGAUUUUGGCUUCGGUGUUAGAAAUGGCGAUGGAGAUGCCUUAUUGGAUUUUGCAAGAGCCUUUGGGCUGGAGGUCUACAAGGUAGCUAGGAAAGAGGCUAAGUUAGCAGUUACAGCUGCUAAGUCAGCAACGUUUGAGAGUUUGUAUGCCGGGUUUGAGGAGAAAGGAGGAGAAAAAAGGUUGUAUAGGCUUGCAAAGGAUGGGGAGCGGAAGGGUCGUGACCUAGAUUAA